UCGGCGCGGAACGGGCGGCUGGUGGAAGCCGGUGGUGCCGAAGGGGGAAUCGUAGCGCCGCUGCCGCCUCUGCUUGGGCCGGGGUCGCCCGGUAGCCUGCGAUGGGCGCCGGACCCUGAGCGUCCACCGCCGCUUUUCCACAGCGCCUCCACUCGGCUGCGAUGGAGGCACCGCCCAGUGGCCGCGUUCCCGCCGAGGACGCCCAGCCGCCGGCCGUGGCCGAGGUGCGCUGCCCCGGCCCCGGACCGCUGCGCCUGCUCGAGUGGAGGGUGGCGGCUGGCGCGGCCGUACGCAUCGGCUCUGUGCUGGCCGUGUGCGAGGCCGCCGCCUCCGCGCAGCCCACCGGGCCCGCCCCUACUCGCGCCGGCUCCGGGGGCUGCGUGCGCACGGAGCGCAGGCUGAGGUCGGAGCGCGCGGGCGUGGUGCGGGAGCUGUGCGCGCAGCCUGGCCAGGUGGUGGCACCCGGGGCGGUUCUGGUGCAAUUAGAAGGAUGCAGCCACCCUGUCGUCAUGAAGGGCCUGUGCGCCGAGUGUGGCCAAGACCUGACCCAGCUGCAGAGUAAGAAUGGGAGGCCGCAGGUGCCGCUGUCCACGGCCACCGUGUCGAUGGUGCACAGCGUCCCCGAGCUAAUGGUGAGCUCCGAGCAAGCUGAAAAGCUAGGAAGGGAGGACCAGCAGCGACUGCAUCGCAACAGAAAACUAGUGCUCAUGGUGGACUUGGACCAGACCUUGAUCCACACGACGGAGCAGCAUUGCCCGCAGAUGUCCAACAAGGGCAUAUUCCACUUCCAGCUGGGCCGGGGCGAACCGAUGCUGCACACGCGCCUGCGUCCGCACUGCAAGGGGUUCCUGGAGAAGAUCGCCAAGCUGUACGAGCUCCACGUCUUCACGUUCGGCAGCCGGCUGUACGCACACACGAUCGCAGGCUUCUUAGAUCCUGAGAAGAAGCUUUUUUCACAUCGAAUAUUAUCGAGGGACGAAUGUAUUGACCCGUUUUCCAAAACGGGGAACCUUAGAAAUCUUUUUCCUUGUGGAGACUCCAUGGUUUGCAUCAUCGAUGACCGAGAAGACGUGUGGAAGUUUGCCCCCAACCUGAUAACUGUGAAGAAAUACGUGUACUUCCAGGGCAUAGGUGACAUCAAUGCCCCAUCCGGGUCCCGGGAGCCCCAGGCGAGGAGGAGAGUCAGUCCUUCUCCUAAAGGUGCCGAUGCCACGGAGCAGCCUCCAUCCGUCAAGGAUCCUGAGGAAGGAAGGCAGGUGUCUGGGGUCGAGCAGAGCAACGGCCUCGGGAAGCCCACGCGGGAGCUCAACGGGGGCGCAGGCCCUCGGGGGGGCUGGCCCUGUCCCGGGCAGGAGGAGGAGAGGGGCGCUCGGCCUGCCGCCUGCGCCCCCUCUGCUGACGGUCGGGGGCCCCUGGCGGGCACCCAGCAGCACGGGCGGACGCCGCCAGAGAAGAGGCCCGUGCUGGGUCCGGUGGGCCCUGACCCGGACCCAGAUGUCCCCAGUGACAGCGGGAGCAACAGCGAGUCCGAGGGCCGGCCGUCCCCCAUCCCCUCUGAUGGGGAGAGUGGGGAGAAGAGGACCCGGAGAAAGCCUGCGGCCACCCGCCAUGCUGGGGACAUCGUGGCCCAGGGCAGCGCCUCGGGCGCCAGUCCGUGCGUGGAGCCCGGGCCCGGCGUCCAGGCGGCCGUGCAGGGGGAGGGUGAGCGGGACGGCCUCUGCGGGCUGGGCGGCGGCUGUGCCGACAGGAGGGAGGCUGAGACAGAGUCCCAGAACAGCGAGCAGUCAGGCAUCACGGUGGGCGAGUCCCUGGACCAGAGCGCGGAGGAGGAGGAGGAGGAGGAGGACGCCGACGCCGACGACCACCUGGUCCACCUGGAGGAGAUCCUCGCCCGCGUGCAUGCCACCUACUAUGCCAGGUAUGACUGCUUUCUCCGCGGGGAGACCCAGGAUGCCCCCGACAUCCGGAAGAUUGUCCCCGAGCUGCGCAGCAGGGUGCUGGCCGACGUCGCAAUCAUCUUCAGCGGGCUGCACCCCACGAACUUCCCCAUCGAGAAGACGCGGGAGCACUACCACGCCACGGCCCUGGGCGCCAGGAUCGUCACCCAGCUGGUGCUGGAGCCCGGCAACCCCGACCGGGCCACCCACCUGAUCGCUGCGCGGGCCGGGCCCCUGCUGUCCCCGCCGCCCCAAGCCCUGAUGGCAGACCAGUGGCCCGCGGCGGCUCCGAGCAGAGUGCAUGUGCCCGCAGGCACGGAGAAGGUGCGCCAGGCCCAGGAUUCUGGGCAGCUGCACGUGGUCAACCCCGACUGGCUGUGGAGCUGCCUGGAGCGCUGGGACAAGGUGGAGGAGCGGCUGUUCCCGCUACGUGGUGACCCGGCCAAAUCCCAGAGGGAGGACGGCCCGGCCGCCUUUCCCGACAGGCAGGGCCUGCUUCCAACCACCCUGUUUCAUCCAACACCCGUGCAUCCCAAGGCCCCGCCUGGCCCUGAAGUUCGGAUCUACGACGCCAGCACGGGCAAGCUCAUCCGCCAGGGUGCUGUGGGCCCCGGGCCCCCCGGCUCCCUGCCGGUGCACGCGGAGCUCUCCUCCUUCAGAGCGGUCCAGCCACAUCACCAGCAGAUGUUUGGUGAAGACUUGCCAGCCAAUCAAGAUGGAGAGCAGCCUGGUCCUUCUAGAAGGAAGCGGCAGCCCAGCAUGUCGGAGACCAUGCCACUGUACACGCUGUGUAAGGAGGACUUAGAGAGUAUGGAUAAAGAGGUGGAUGACAUCCUAGGAGAGGGCAGCGAUGACAGUGACAGCGAGAAGAAGAAGCCGGGAGAUCGGGAGGACCGGCAGCGGGGACCGAGGCCCGGGCAGCCCGAGGCCCUGGGGGCCCCGAGGGGGCCCACGCUCAGGUCAGCGCCACCCACCGAGAGGAAUGCAGCAGACGGCCGGGGGCCCAGCAAAGAGAAUCGUGAGACAUCGGAGAGACAGAAGAAUGAGCCACAGACAAGACAGAAGAGGCCGGAGAAGCUGCCCGAGAGGGCAACCGCGUAUCAGAGAACAGACGGGAUAUGUUCCCAGAGCCGCAGAGACGGAGAAUCGCCGAAGGGUCCUGGGGACAGCGUCUCAGACGGCACCGCCAGGCCCUCGGCGCGCACGUGGCAGGACUGCCAGGGACGUAAUGACUGGCACCUUGCCAAAUGUGAUGGGGAACGUCAUCUGACACAUCGGGACCCGUUUUUCAAGUAAAAACGCUACUAUGGGAAAAUCCAAAGCGUCCACGCUUCUACACCUAGAGCCCAGCUCAGAGGUCCCCAUCCGCACGCUUCACGGCGAAGAUGCAGGAAGCCAAGACCAGGACAGGGGUCAGAAGACUUUGUCUCAAGAUAGGUGACAUCACCUGAGUUCUCAGGUUUUUCAGAAACAGUUCAACAGAUGUGGCCCGUACGAUUUUUCCUUGGAACGUGCCCUCUCGCCCUGUGGCCCUGACCUGAGCACACGCCCUGGAGCCCGGUGUUGUGUUACAGUGACCUACACGUGCACCUCUUUGAAGAAGCAGCAGAGCCUCCGCUGUCGUGACCAGACAGGGCAGGCAGGAGCCCACACGCGUCCUCUCUGCCUCGGGGUCCAGAUGGCCUUCCACACCCCAGGGCAGGUGCUCCCCUUCACGCACGUGGACACAUGCACACACGUACCUGAAACAGCUUUUGUUAGGUAAAAUAGUGACCUUACCACCUGCCGUGCUGCUCUGUUCUUUUUCUUUCUGCCAAAAAUACCAAGCUGGUUGUAACCAGCAAUUUGAAAAAUAAAUGUGUUAUGGAUUGUU